AUGGGUCGCAGAAGGGCCAUCCUAUGGGCACUUUUCCCAUGCUGCAACCCCAAGAAAAAGGCCAAGACAAGAAAUAAGUUGGCCUCAUCCCAAGUCGUGGAAGCAGAGUGCCCGGAGGAGUUGGCAUGUCGACAGCUAAAAGCAUGCAGGGAGCAGCUUCUUAGAAGAGAAGCAGAAAUCUCGGAACUAAAAGCAGAAAGGAACAACACCAGGCUGCUGCUGGAACACCUGGAGCUCCUGGUUUCCCGGUACGUGCCGUCCCUCCAGAUGACGGUGGAGAGGCAUCAGGCGCGGUCCCCAGCCAGCAUGACCAGCGAGUUGGAGGUCCUCAGGGCACUGAGAUUGCUCUUCGAGCACCACAAGGCCCUGGACGAGAAGGUGCAGAGCCAGAGGGAGCAGGACUGGGAGUCCGCGCAGCAGACCCGCGUGGUGGCCACCAUGGCCCAGGACUUCGAGAGUGACGAGGAUGUGUCUGACGGCGAGGGCGACAGGGUCACCCUCUUCAGCUCGGCCGGUCAGCUGCCGCCCAGUGGGCAGGCCGAUGCCGACACUCUGCCUGUGAUGCCUCGGGAGCAGCUGGACACCAUCAGUGAGGAGACCCGGUGGCUCCAGGAGGAAAGGGAGAGCACGGAGCAGCGGGCCGAGGAGACUGAGAGCAGGGGCCCCGACGCCCCCACCGGCCGCCUACCUUGGGUCCCACACGGCAGCAGGAUCUGCAGAGACAGGCUGUGUGACAACUCCCGCGGAGAAGAGGCGCUGCACGCGAGGUCCCCGCCAGGUUCCUUCCAGCCCUGCAGCAGCCCACUGACCGACCACUCCUGGGACCUUCCCGCAGGACUCGGGCAGCCGCGCUCCAGUUCAGGCAGCUCAGUGCCCGGGAGCCCUUCUGCUGGGCACUGCGGAGCAGCACUGUGCCCUGGGGCUGGUGACCUGGGUGUGCUGCUCACCAGCUCUGUGGCCUGCUGUGCCCUCCUGUUAUGUGAGGACACGGUCCUGCCCAUCCUAGUCACAUGGGCACCAGGGUGGCGGGCUUCCCUCCUGGGGGCGGGCGGCCAGGCUGGGGACCCAGAGGCCUUCCUCAGGAGGAGGCCCGGGGAAGGAAGGGGCUGGCUGCGGUCCCUGACUUUGAGGCAGGACGGCCCCGGGGGCAACCCCAGCAGCAGCACCAUCAGCCAGGACUCGCUGCACAAAGCCCCGAAGAAGGGCAUCAAGUCGUGCAUCGGCCGCUUGUUUGGAAAGAAGGAAAAGGGCCAGCCUGGACACCCGGCAAGGAGGCCUUAG